AUGGCGUCGAUAGCAAUGACACCUCCGCCAGCAGGAAUCAAGAAGCUGGUGUGUCGAGUCUGUCAGAAGGGCUUCUCAAAGGCUGAACAUUUGAGGAGACAUGAGCGAUGUCAUACGGGCUCUAAACCGUAUGUCUGCAGGGAGUGUCGCAGACCCUUUGCCCGACAAGAUGCCCUUACUAGGCACGAGAAGCUCCAUGCUCGACCGCUGAAUGCAAAACAUGCCCCUUCGCCGCCUUUAUCUGCUGAGCUGCAGCCACCGUCAAUAGAUCCUCUUGGGUCUUGGGAUACGAACAGCGCUGCUACUAAUGAUCCUGCCUCAACCUCGGCCACCAGUCAGUCAUGGGACGAGGUUCCUUCAGAACAUGACAUGCAUAAUGUAGCGUCCGAGCUGGACUUUGCGUUGGUCUGGCCUGAUUCGGAGAAUCUAUUUCAAAGCUUGAUGUCAUCGGACACGACCGAUCAAUGGCAGAUGCCCCUUGGGACCUUGCCAUUUCCACCGGUCGUACAGGAUAUCAAUGGAAUGAACUUUGGCUCACCCAGUUCAUUUGAUGACAGAAGUUCUUCUGUUGGCACAAUCCCCUCCGGGGGUGGGCACCAGGCAGUACGGGAUAUUACUGAAAUGGUGACUAGUUCGUCAUCAAGCGUCACCGCUGCUGUCAAAGCUACAUCCGUUACUUCGGUUUUCCUUGACGAAUGCCUGCACAUGUUUUUUGUCCGGUUCAUCCCAACCUUUCCAAUCCUGCACCGCGCUACAUUCGUGUUUCGAGAAUGCACGCAUGCACUCUUACUGAACGCUAUCGCCAUUGGGUCUUUAUACCUUGGUCCGAAAGACUCGGUAGCCAAAGGCGAAGCAUUGUGGCGUUUAGCACACACGGCCGUUGCAACAUCCUGGCAGUCCCUCAUCACACACAGUGGUCCAUAUGACGCCUGCAAGGGCGUCCAAUUGAUGAUCACUGCUUUACUAGGCCAGAUCUAUGGAGCGUUAUCCAAGAAUAGAGCGAUCCGAACAACGAGCCAGGUCUUUCGCCCAUUGGGAUUCUUCUGGGCACGACACUGCGGCAUGUACGACAGUCCACCCUACUCCAUGGAUAACCUGCCAUCUUUGGAUGCCUCCAUGGAGGAGAAAGAACACCAGUGGCGGAUUUGGUCUGCUCGCGAGAUUCAACAACGCGCCCUGUUAGCGUACUAUGUCUUAGAUGGCCUUGUCGCUCAAAUGUCCGGCGAUGGAGCUUCCGCUCGUCAUGUGGCCAACUCACUGAGUUUACCUAGCAGCGAAGAGGCAUUCGAUGCCGCCACUGCCGAUGAGUGGCUCGCUCAUUUGCACAGCCAAACACCGGACCAGACCUCGUUCAGAGUGAUUUUCCGCUCGCUGUUUCCGCCAGUCGGCAGCUUCCGUCCCUUGGACUACCACUUCUCUGCCGUUGCUUUGCGGGUAGUUCUUGAAGGGCUCCAAUCAUUGAUCUCCGACAGUGACGAUAACGAACUGGCCGUUGGUGUACCCGGCCAAUCCGAUGUCCGACGUGCCCUCGCUCAAGUUCACGAAACAAUCUCCAUGAGCAUACACUUCACAGCAGCCGAGAGACUAGAGCUACUUCUGCGCUGGCAUACAGUCUGCCUAGACACAAUGAUCAACUCAACCGUGCUAUCCCGGCACGUCUGCUCCCGCUACAAUAUCCCACAACACGUCUCCGGCGGCUGCCGAACCGUUCACCCGGGUUUCGAUCUCACCCAAUGGGCCAAUUCCGAAGAUGCGCGCCGAGCCGUACUCCACGCCGUCGCUAUCCAAGAUAUCGUCGAGCAACUCCCUCGAGGCCGUGCCCAUGUGGUGCACAUGCCGAGCUCGUUGUUCGCAGCCGCCACAAUCUACGUGGCUAUGUCGCUCGCCAGUGUCUCCACUGUGAAUUUGCCUCGUAAUAUCGUGUGGCAGGAUGCUUUGCUAUCUCAUGCCGACCUUAAUCUAGGCCCGGAGGACAUGCGACCCCGAUCUGGCUCAGAGACAAGGCGGUUUGUUGAGAGCGACCGUGGCGCUGAGGUGCUUGUAACUGGGGCCAAAAGGAAUUUACUGUACGAGCUUAACUCUAUGCAGAAGCUCUUCCGUUGCUUGUCUUCGCAAUGGGGGAUUGCGCAUGAUAUGGAGGAUAUUGUUGCGCAGUGGAUUCAGCUGUGCCAUUAG